GAGGGUCCUCCGUCGCCAACUCCGCUGCGGACCGAGGCGAGAUGGCGGCCACCGAGGGAGUAGGGGAGGCGGCGCAGGGCGGCGAGCCAGGUCAGCCAGAGCAGCCGCCGCCUCAGCCGCAUCCACCGCCAGCCCAGCAGCCGCCGGAGGAGGCGAUGGCGGCCGAGGCCGGGGGGGCGGUGGCCUCCCCUAUGGACGACGGCUUUCUUUGCCUGGACUCGCCCACCUACGUCCUGUACAGGGACAGAUCAGAAUGGGCUGAUAUAGAUCCAGUGCCACAGAAUGAUGGUCCUAAUCCAGUGGUCCAGAUCAUCUACAGUGAAAAAUUUAGAGAUGUGUAUGAUUAUUUCCGGGCUGUUCUGCAGCGUGAUGAAAGAAGUGAACGAGCUUUCAAACUAACCCGGGAUGCUAUUGAGUUAAAUGCAGCCAAUUACACAGUGUGGCAUUUUCGGAGAGUUCUCUUAAAGUCACUUCAGAAAGACCUCCAUGAGGAAAUGAACUACAUCACUGCAAUAAUUGAGGAACAGCCCAAAAACUACCAAGUUUGGCAUCAUAGGCGAGUAUUAGUGGAAUGGCUGAAAGAUCCAUCUCAGGAGCUUGAGUUUAUUGCAGAUAUUCUUAAUCAGGAUGCAAAGAAUUAUCAUGCCUGGCAGCAUCGACAGUGGGUUAUUCAGGAAUUUAAACUUUGGGAUAAUGAGCUGCAGUAUGUAGACCAACUUCUCAAAGAGGAUGUGAGAAAUAACUCUGUCUGGAACCAAAGAUACUUCGUCAUUUCUAACACCACUGGCUACAAUGAUCGUGCUGUAUUGGAGAGAGAAGUCCAGUACACUCUGGAAAUGAUCAAGCUAGUACCACAUAAUGAAAGUGCGUGGAACUAUUUGAAAGGGAUUUUACAGGAUCAUGGUCUUUCUAAAUAUCCCAAUCUGUUAAAUCAAUUACUUGAUUUACAACCAAGUCACAGUUCCCCAUACCUAAUUGCCUUUCUUGUGGAUAUCUAUGAAGACAUGCUAGAAAACCAAUGCGACAACAAGGAAGACAUUCUUAAUAAAGCAUUAGAGUUAUGUGAAAUCCUAGCUAAAGAAAAGGACACUAUAAGAAAGGAAUAUUGGAGAUACAUUGGAAGAUCCCUUCAAAGCAAACACAGCACAGAAAGUGACCCACCAACAAAUGUACAGCAAUAACUCCAUCCAGAAGAAUUUGAUGGAAUGCUUUUAUUUUUUUAAGGGACUCUAAUGCAGAGAUUUAAACAAGAGUGAUCAUUCCCUUUGCCUGUUGUGUACACAUGUAUUGAACAGGUUUUGCUUUUUAACAAGAACUAAGCUGCUUGGGUGCUGCUGCUAUUCAGACUAGCUCUAAGUAAUUUGAUUCUUUUGAAGCAAAGUAAUUGGAGGGGAAAGAAAGAAAGUCCCAUAAAGGAACUUUUGUAGUCUUAUCAACAUUUAAUCUAAUCCCUUAGAACCGACUCCUUCCUAGAUGGUAUGUGGAUCGGGAUUUGUAGCAGCAGUGAUUAUAGGUCACUUAUAUGUCGUGGGUAUGAGGUAACUGAAGUUUGGUUCAGUAAGCAGGGAAUUCAGUUGCUGCAUCAGAGGUGCUCUGCCACACUCAUAGUAUCUUGCUGUCACUGUAACCAACUAAUGCCAAAAGAAUGGUUUUGUAAUAAAAUUACAGGUGUAUCUAAAAACAA